AUGAAGGCCGAGUCCGAGAUUGCCACAACAUCCACACCCACUACCGAACCUGUCACUGCCUCAGCAUCCACAAAGCCUCCUGUUGAUCCCGAGUUCCUCGAAGCCGCCGCAGCACAAAAAGGCGCUGAAGGUGCCGAAUGGCAGUACGAUUCAUCCGAUGCCGAAUCAUCCGACGAGUCCUCUAGCAGCGACGACUCCUCGAGCGACGAAGACAGCGAUGAAGAAGGAUACGAGUUGCUCGACCCAGCCACCGCUGCGCGUAUGCUUAUGGAAGAAGGUGGCAUGGACGAUGAAGACGGCGGAAGCAAGGCUGCCAAUGGAAGCCAACUUCGCACCAAGAACGAAGUGCCCGAGGAGAUUGUCCCCAAACCGGACGUCACAGUCACUCCUGACAUGAAGAUCACCCCCCUAGGUGCUGUCCAGCACGUCGUCGACACGCUGAUUCUCAUCAAGGCCUUCACGUCUGGAGAGUAUCAGGUUCUAGAGUCCGGCUCCGUUCUCUGUCUGGAGAACCGCGAAGUUAUUGGAGCUGUUCAGGAUACUAUCGGCAAGGUCGAAGAGCCCUUGUACUCGGUCGCCUUCACGAAACCCUCCGAUAUCUCAGACCUCAACAUUGCUACGAACACCAAGAUCUUCUACGUCGACUCUCACUCUACCUACGUCUUCACACAACCGCUCAAGAACCUGAAGGGUACCGAUGCUUCUAACUUGCACGACGAGGAAGUCGCCGACGAA